CUACAAAAGGCCGAGCACCGGGACCCCCUGCUGCGGGCGCGCUCUCGGGGCACUCGGAAGGAGGUGGCUGAGCGCUGGGCACAGUCGGCUUGUGGACCAGGCAGGCGCGAGGCGAUGCUGCGGGUGCGGUGUCUGCGCGGCGGGAGCCGCGGCGCUGAAGCGGUGCACUACAUCGGGUCUCGGCUUGGAAGAACUGUAACAGGAUGGGUGCAGCGAACUUUCCAGAGCACCCAGGCAGCUACGGCUUCCUCCCGGAAUUCCUGUGCAGCUGACGACAAGGCCACUGAUCCUCUGCCCAAGGACUGCCCUGUCUCCUCUUACAACGAAUGGGACCCCUUAGAGGAAGUGAUAGUGGGCAGAGCAGAAAAUGCCUGUGUUCCACCAUUCACUGUGGAGGUGAAGGCCAACACAUAUGAAAAGUACUGGACUUUUUACCAAAAGUAUGGGGGCCAUCAUUUUCCCAAAGAUCAUUUGAAAAAGGCUGUUGCCGAAAUUGAAGAAAUGUGCAAUAUUUUAAAAAUGGAAGGAGUGACAGUGAGGAGGCCUGACACCAUUGACUGGUCCUUGAAGUAUAAAACUCCUGAUUUUGAGUCUACGGGUUUAUAUGGUGCGAUGCCUCGAGACAUCCUGAUAGUUGUGGGAAAUGAGAUUAUCGAGGCUCCCAUGGCCUGGCGCGCUCGCUUCUUUGAGUACCGCGCAUACAGAGCAAUUAUCAAAGACUACUUCCGCCGCGGGGCCAAGUGGACAACAGCUCCUAAGCCCACAAUGGCUGAUGAGCUUUAUGACCAGGAUUACCCCAUCCAUUCUGUAGAAGACAGACACAAAUUGGCUUCUCAGGGAAAAUUUGUGACGACUGAGUUCGAGCCAUGCUUUGAUGCUGCUGACUUCAUUCGAGCUGGAAGAGACAUCUUUGCACAGAGAAGCCAGGUGACAAACUACAUGGGCAUUGAGUGGAUGCGUAGGCAUCUCGCUCCAGACUACAGAGUACAUAUCAUCUCCUUUAAAGACCCCAAUCCGAUGCACAUUGAUGCCACCUUCAAUAUCAUCGGGCCCGGUCUUGUGCUUUCCAAUCCUGACCGACCAUGUCACCAGAUUGAUCUUUUCAAGAAAGCAGGAUGGACCAUAGUUACUCCUCCAAUACCAGUCAUCCCAGAUGAUCACCCACUCUGGAUGUCGUCCAAAUGGCUUUCCAUGAAUGUCUUAAUGCUAGAUGAAAAGCGUGUUAUGGUGGAUGCCAACGAAGUCCCGAUUCAAAAGAUGUUUGAAAAGCUGGGUAUCAGUACCAUUAAGGUUAACAUUCGUAAUGCCAAUUCCCUGGGAGGAGGCUUCCACUGCUGGACCUGCGAUGUCCGGCGCCGAGGCACCCUACAGUCCUACUUUGAUUGACCAGGCCUGCUGGGGCUUGGGGCUUGGCCUCAAAUAAACCUAGGAAGCUUAGGGAUAAGGUUCAUUCUCCUGCUUUAAAAAGUGCAUGAACUGUAGUGCUUUAUACAAUCAUAUCCAUAACAGGGGUCUUAAGCCUGGUUUAUUUUUAUUACUUUUCUUUGAUAAAAGGAAAAUAACCUGUGCUAAAUCUUACUCUCUUCUCCUAAAUUUUUUACUGUUUGUCUUCAAGCAUGAAAAUUUGGUGAAUGUCUACCAAAACAAAAAUUAGUCAUUUGAGUAACUUGGCUACUAAUACAUUUAACCAUCUACCUCUGUUUUUAAUUUUCUUUCCAAAAGGCAGCUUGAAAUGUUGGUCCUAAUAGUCACUUUUUUUUCCUUUUUGCUAAACUUGUGAAUGUUUGUAUCACUUCUUUUUUCUAAAUAAAAGACUCAGAAUGUACACAGAUCUUACAGAACCAGUAAUUGUCUCUUUUUCUAAUA